AUGGAUCUGAGUACGUCUGUUGGAGAUACCGAGAGUGCGGCAGCUGGCUUUACCACCUUUCGUGUCCCUCUCCCCGAUCAUGCGGCUGAAGUCACCACUUUAAUAUCCGAUCUGUACGCAAUAAGUGCCUCGUUGACUAGCCUGGGAAGAUUUUCUCAAGAUGUUCGCUACCGACGCAAUUGGCCCCUCAUCGAACCUGAUGUUGAACUUGUGCGAAAGAGUCUGAAGUACACACUAGAGGAUAUUUUUAAGUAUUUUCGUCGCAUUGACAAGGAGAGGUCACCAGAGAGCUACAGACGUGCCUGGACAUCUAUGGAUGGGUGGUUUUGGGACGAAUCGCAUUAUUCUCUUUCAACCCGUCUGGCAAGAUAUAAGAGCUUUCUUAGGGAGAUGGGCGAUGUGAUGAAGGAUCGACUUGAGGACCUACCGCUACUACCAGCCACUCGAAGGAGGCUGAAACAGCUUCUCGCUUUGCAAGAAGAGCGUUUGACAUCUAAUCUUGGACGCAUGUCUCUCAAUGACCAAAUCCCGCCCAUUAAUCGUCCACCCUCGAGAAACGAUCGUCCCUCUUCGAUUCUUCGCCCGCCAUCGAGAAAUAAUCGUCCUCCCUCAAGGAAUGACCGUCCACCCUCGAGAAAUGAUCGUCCCACUUCAAUUCAUCGUCCUCCCUCGAGAAACGAUCGUCCCACUUCGGUUCAUCGUUCCCACUCGAGAAACCGCCCUCUAUCUAGCGGUAAUGGCGCCGAACCUAUUAGCCCGGUUGGAGACCGACGCCGACGUCGUUCGUUCGAACGUGCUCGACCUUUCAAUCCUCAAUCCCCCCAGUCCCCUCUCUCGCCUUCAUCUGGGACUUUCUCUGAUAGUUUCCCACCAUCCGUACCGGAUCCUCCUAGCUCACCGUUGACGGGCUCUGUGUCUGCUACUACAACUACUAGUCAAUCUACACAAAACGAUAUCCUAACUUACCACUGGGUGAAAGAUGUCUUUAACAGCUACCGCACGGAAACUGCAAUCCCAGAAUCAUCAGAAAAAGCCGGGUGUUUCGAUGAGCCCCAGUCAGGGAUCAAAACAGUUUUAAAAGAACAAGGGUUUGAGAGGGCUCUUCAAUUGGCGUUCAACGAUAGGUCGGAGAUGACUGCAUACUUUUAUUUACGCGAGAAAGACGGCCGCGCUCGAAUUGUUUGCAAGGUACCACAUCGCAGUAAACCAAGCGAAUACUUCUGUCUCCCUUUGAACAUGUUAGAAGUUGUCCAGAAGGGGUCUUGUCUACAACUGUGCCGGAGACGAAACUCAGGCAAGAAAUUGAUCUUGUGGGCACGUCUAAAGUUCACAACUGUUGAAAGCAUGGUUGUAUUCUUCUGUACGUUCCUGGCCCUUCGCUCACAGGAUGAGGGUCGACCUGUGGAGGAUAUCCAAGAUCACGAAUUGAACGACGAGGAGGAGAUGUAUGGCGGCCUUAUUAUCGAUGACCGCUAUUCACAUGCUUUACGUGUCUAUCAAGACAAGAUAACUGGGGCUGUUCGAUUGCAGGCCUCUGUUCACGAAGGUGUCAUGGACCGCACACCCGUGUGGACUGCAUUUGUGACCCAUCACCUUGGCCGACGCAGCUGGCUGAAAACCUUGGACUCGAAGACCGUUGCAGUGCGCGACUUGGACCUUGCCAUUUUCAUCUCCACUGAUGAAUACAGCCCACCACAUACUAAUCGGGGCGAGCAUUUGUUGAAAUUUGCAACUCGAAGUGACGCUGAAGGCUUCCUGGAUUGCAUGCAGGAGAUAGCGGCGGCUUCCCAUUAG